UGUGGGACGUGAGUUGAUCGGCAAUUCAACGCCGCCAUCGUCGUUGUACUAGUCUUGGGCAGAGAACAAGAAGCUCAAGGUCUGCGGAUGCCUAGUAUAAGAGCGGCCGCAGCGAGGUUCUCCCGGCCCGCGUGGUCAGCCGUUGGGGUAACAGUGAUGAGGAGGAUGCAGGGCAUCGGUGGUGGCCGCGCGCCACGCUACUUCAGCGACAGCAUCCGCUCCGGCAGGGUGCUCAGCGAGGAGGAACGCGCCGCUGAAAACGUCUACAUACAGAAGAUGGAGAGGGAGAAGCUGGAGAAGUUGAGGAGGAAGAAGGCGGAUCAGGAAAAGGCCGACGCAGCAAAGAGUGCCAAAGGAAACAACGAGGAAACAAUCCAAACAAACAAGGGUGAGGGAGCUCAUCCAAGCUGAUUACUCAGAUCGAUGAUCAGGUCCUCCGUUUCGGCGCUGCUGUUACAUAUGAUACAUGUUCGCAAAUGUAGUAUUUUUCCUUCUUUUCUGGAGUUAUUUAUAGAUAGAUCAGGUAGAUGCUGUGUGCUGCUGUGAAAAUAUGUGCUUCUCUGUUGUCCUUGGUGGAGAGGCAGGACAUUCUGUCGACCAGAAUCA